ACGGUCGUAUGGAUCAUUGGAAGUGCCGACAAUAAUUUGGUUGCAGUAUCUAUACAGUGCUCUAGUUGCCUGUGCAUUCAACAGUUCAACUCGUCCUCGCAUACUGAUUGCAUUUCGGAUUUGUCUGCAUCAGUUUAUUACUUUUCUUGUUCAGCAAUUUUUAAUAUGAAGCAGUGAUAACAUUUCUCAAGUAACUUUGUAUUUAUUUGUAGUCCUUAUAAGAGAUACCGUCGAAGUUCUCUAUAGGCCGAUGUAGUACAGGAGAAGGGGGCCUACUAUUUAAUCUUCAAGAUUAUUGUUUAUGUGGUGAAUAUUGUUCUGCUGUUGUGAUUUGACUCAUCCGACAAGAUGGGGUAUUCCACGGAAAAGUUUGUGACGAAGCCCAACCCCAAUCUGAUUUGUGGCAUAUGCGCAUGCGUUCUGCGGGAUGCCGUCCUGACCCGAUGUGGGCACGCCUUCUGUCAUACCUGUCUCGAUACCUGGUUGGCUAGACCAUUGGCGGGAACGUGUCCUCAGUGUCGCACCUGUAUCAGCAAAUUCCAGGUGAGCCCCGUCUGGGCGAUCCGGGAAAUGAUCAACGUAUUAUCCAUCUACUGCAGCAACGCCGACCGCGGUUGUACCUUGACUCUGGGUGUCGAGAACUUGGAGAAGCACCUUGACUCCUGCGGCUACGGACCUGUAGAAUGCGUGGCUUGUGGCGUCGUGGUCAACCGACUCGACUACCCAACACACACGGUGGAAUGUGAGAAAUAUACCCUCGAGAAAAGUGGGCAGCUGCAGACUUCAACCCAGACUUCACCGACAGCAGAUGCGCCCGACGUCGAGAAGCUGAACCAGCGACUGAACGCGCUUGAGAUACAGCUGAAGCACAGCCGCAAGCAGCUUCACCUUUGCCAAGCCGAUAAUCGAAAACUGGAGCGCGAGUUGUCCAAAGCGCGUAUCGACUUACAGAGAAAGCGAACCGAGUUCAAUCUCUUCAAAGCUCAGAUGUGUGAAUUCGACGCCGAUUAUCCAUACGGCUUCCAACCAGACGGCGUCUCAAAACUCUCCCUCCUCAUCGCCUGUCAUCAGCAGGAGAAACCCGAGAACAUCGACCAGAACCGCAUCUUCACCUGCAUCCAGCGUUGCUAUGACAACUUCGCGCGGUGCGGAUCCAAAUACGAGCACGACGUCCAUAUGCUGAUCGCGACCGCGUACGCCAGUAAGUGGUUUUCGGACAACCACAAGAUCAACUUUCACUGUUGGCUGCAGAGCAUCGCACGAUAUCGCAAGUAUGCCGACUGGGGCAGGACAACUGUCAGUCAACAAGCCCCUAAUCAUCACCACCACCAGGAAGGAUCGCAUCACUUGUUUGGUGAUGAUGAUAAUUCGACGAGAAGUCAAACGCAUCGAGGUACGGUCAAUAUAGGCAGUAACCAACUAUCUUGGUCCCUCUCUCUUCGAUGAAUAAGGCCAUAAAUAGUUUCAGCAACAACAACAAAUUAUAUAAUAGACCUGAUUGCAUAAUAGUAUUGUACAAUGCGAUGAUCUUGUUGUGUCAGUUUGGGACUUCCGAUCUUGAACAUUAAAUAGAAAAGCAAUCGGGACAACAACAAAAUAUUAUUAAUCUAGAACCAGACAAGGCAUCAUUACCCAGCCCUCCCGGAAUUCAUUCAGUUAAGGAUGCAAAAACAGAACAUGGCUCUUUUAGCCCCAGCCUAUACCCCAACCCAUCCAUUAUACCUGUAUGCCCCCUCCCACACCCCUCUCAUCCACCUCCCCUUGAUGCCAUCAGUGUGUAUGGGUCAUGUUUUUGAAGGAGUCAUAUUUUAUGGAGUGUUAACUUUGAAGAAAUUAUCAAAAUAAUCAAGACGACUAUCGAUUGUUUCUCUUUGUGCUACGGAACCAGUUAAGAUUGAACACGAUCACAAAGACUUUCAAGAAAUCGACUAAAGGUCAAUUUCAAUUCCCCAUUGUUUUACCUAUGAUAAUAGUCAUGUACGGAUUAUGCAAUAUUUCAUCACCCUAUUCGGUUACGACCAAUGCUAUAAAGAUUGUCUUGGGUUGACCUUCCGAAAGUCUAGGAUUGUGUUGUUGACGAUUAUUUGAUAUAAACAGAUGAACUACCUCAACAGUGCUCAUCAUAAUGAUUUUUUAAAAACGUGUCUUUAAAUUACAUUUCAUUAUUUGAAAACCAAGAGUUGAGUUACCUCAGUUGUCAUCUAAAUGAACACCAAUGAAAUAGCAUAAUGUGGGUAUUUUCACAACAGUGUUAGACAACUGUACCUAUAGAUAAGUGCAGACAUAAUCAGUGUGUCGCCGUAUUCCUUAUCUUCAUUUUUGUGCGCUUUGGACAUUAUGUUAAAAAAUUAUGUUUAUGACUUACAUGAUGGCAAUCAAGUAUCAUCUAUUGCAAAGAAUAUCGAGUCAUACGUAUGUGUUUAAGUUUGAUAGAACCGAUUUGAAAAUAUUGACAGAGCAUGGUGAAGAGUGUAAACGUUUGUCUUAUUGUAAACUAUUAAAAGGGGUCUUUUAAGGUCAAAACCUUAUAAAACUACAGCACCAGGAUACUAUGGCAGUGAAAGUUCAACGUACUUUUUUUAGAAUUGUGAAAUUGUGGAAGUCGUUUCAGUAUAUCAACUAUUUUUCACCUUGAAAAUGUGGGUACGAGGGUCUCUUCUCCUCAACAUUCACAAUACAAUAGACAUAGGCCUACACGAUAAUAAAAAAUGGUGAAAGAGGGAGCUGUUUGGAGCUUGA